AUGUCUACCACGGUCUGGCCAUCGUUACCUGCCCAUGAGUUAAGGAAAGAAGAGGACGAUUCUACGGAACGUGAAUUAUCAUGGCUUCUAGACUCACUUCAGGAAACUUUAGCUUCACUAAAGACGGGUCUCGAAGAUUGUUAUGCACUUCUCGCGCCAGUUGAGCCGGGAUCUACACUUGUUAUGUCGUCACCUCGUUCCGAGUACCUGAAGGGACAUAUUACACGCGUUGGUACUCAGGUGGUUAAAGGAACCCUUCACCUGCGCCUGAAGUCCAUCCCACCAAUUUCCCUUUCCCUCUCCCCAACCCUGCCUCUGCUCCUCGAACCUCUCACCCAACUCCGCACACUCCUAAACCAAAGUCUCGAUUGCGUCGAUAUAACCCGCUGGACCGGCGAUCGUCACUCUGCCCCAUUCAUAUCCUCGCAACUACAUCUGCUGCACAGUAUCCUUACCGAAACCAAGCUCGUCCUUAAAGGUCCCUCUCUCCUCGAGUCUCCCACUCAAACCCCCGCCUCCUUGAACUGGGCGCAUAACCCCGUUGACCCGGAUAUAUUUGAUCCCUCUUUACCCUCCAACCUCUCUCUCGAUCUCACUAUCUCCGAUGGUUCAUUACUGCUUACAAUACGAGUUCUUGAGCCCGUUGCACAGCAGGUGAAUAUCGGAAGUAGGAUAGCGUUUGCGAUAGGUGCGCAAAGGAGACUAGAACAUGAUGAAAUGGACGAGGUGUUUAUGUAUAAAGGGGAAGAGGUGAGGGUUAAGGAGAAAGUGAGGGUGGAGAGUGCAGAUCCAAAGCUGAUGAGUGUCUUGGCUAAGGUGGCGGCGUUGGAGCAUACGGUUGAGGGGGCGAGGGCAGGGUUGAAAAUUGUCAUGGGUGGCGAUGAGGAAGGGAGUGAGGAAUAG